AUAAAACUUGACAAACUGGCUAACUAAUACAUGUGCUACCUCCCACACUGCAUUUAUAUCAAGCUCAAUUCACCACCAUACAACAACAGUAUAUCUCAUCUACUACUCCCACUUUUUCUUUUUUUUUUCACUCAACUACUCUUCAAUAAUUUUUACAAUGAGGCAAAAUCUCCAGAUUGUUGUUCUCACAUUUAUCGUCAUAGUAUUAUCGUCGUUUCAAUCCAAUUGCAGAGAGCUUCGUCCGGCGGAGCACGGGUUAACGACGACGGAGAAUCAAAACUCAGAUUCCACUACCACGACUACAAACGAUGAAGUUCCGGAGAUGAUGUCGUUCUUCGGCGGUAAUGACGGCCGGCGGAAUACUCAGCCGCCGGUAGCAAAGCCGAUUGCGGAGAACGUGACGUGGAUCGGUGGAGAGAGAGGAGGAAUGGCAGUUCACCACAACAGCAGAGAUCAUGUGAGAGAUGUGUUGUUGAUUUCCAGUUUGGUUUGUGGAGCUACCGGCGUCGUUUUGCUUGCCGUUUCAGUGUUUGUUUGCGUCGUUUUGAGGUUCAGAAAGGAAAAAUCAGUGGAAAAUGGAAAAGAAACGACGUCGUUGGCUACGCCAGUAGAUAACGUUGUUCUCGCCCAGAAAGGAACGUAACUACAGUGCUUCGACAAAAGGGAAAUUGCUCGGAUGCUAAACAUUUUCACCUAUAAUCGUUAUGAAUCCAAGUGAGCAAAAAGAUGCAUGAAAGCAAGAGUAAAAAAAAAAACUACAGUGGUUCAUUUAUCAAAGGAUGAUAAGUGGUUCAUUUUCAAUGUUUUUGUAGUACCUUUUUAAUAUUCUUCUUUCUUUUUGUUA